GUAAUCCAAAGAAAUACGUGAAGUCCAGGAUGAAACUCCCACGUAUCACGUGAGCCUGGAAGGCCCAAUAGCUUGCGUGUUUUUCUUCCCCAAAUUCCCCUUUCAUGUAAAACCUACCACAAUUUUCGCCAUCGCGGAUUGGAGCUUGAGCGGUUGUGCCAACUCUAGAGAAGAAUAUAAUUGAGGAAGGUUAUACACCAUGGUCAAUGCCACCAAAGGAGUCUUCAUUUCCUGUGACAUUCCCAUGGCACAAUAUAUCAUCAAUAUGAAUGCUUCAUUUCCUGCAGCUGAUAAGUUCAUUAUACAUGUCUUGGAUAGCACCCACAUGUUUGUCCAACCUCAUAUGGAGGGAAUGAUAAGGAGUCAAAUCGCCAAGUUUAGAGAGGACAACACAUAUGUCAAACCUACUUGACUCCGCAUAGCUUUUCUGGCCUUCUCAAUUUCUAUCUCCCAGCAACUGUUGCAGUGCUUAUGUAAGAGCAUUUAAUGUUCUUUAUAGUUUUCAUAGUGCGCAGGGAAAAAUGAUAUGUAAUAAGUAUAAUUUUCCCUUUCUAAAAGAAAUUAUCUGUUGUUCCCUCUCCCACAACUCCACUUUCCAAACUAGAUUAGAUUUACCAGUUUUAUAUGACGUUUGUUCUUACAAAUAAUAACUCCUUUCACUUUCUGAGAAUUGCCAUCUUUUGGUGGCUUGUUUACAGAAAUAGGGAUUUUACUUAACACAUUUUCACGAAUGCUAAACAGGAAGACAUUAUUCUGAGGACUAAA